UUGUUGAAUUGGAGUAUAUUUGGUCACUUCAAAAAGAAAUUCUCACAUAAUAAUGAGUUAAGAAAGAAGAAAAGAGAGAGACAAAGAGAGAUAUGAAAAAAGAUUCAAAAGCUGAAAGAAAAAAGAGCUAUCUUUUUGGAAAACCAAAAAGCAGUUGAAACCUUGGAGAUCAAGAAGAAAACAGAACACCCAUUACCAUUAACUUUCAAAGGUUUCACAAUUCAUUACACAAGGCACCCUUUAUGCCUGUGCCUCCAAAUAUCUCUUUCUACAUGCAUACUUACAUCAAACAAUGAAAAAGAACCUUCUUUUUGUGUUUAUUCUUCUUCUGCAUUACGUUGCUGCUGCAGACCCUCCUGCUUCCUCUCCUCAACUUCCACCUGAUCUCUCUCCAGGGGAGGGGCAGCAUCACCUGCACAAGAAAAUGCUAGUAGCUAUUGUCGUAGCCACCAUUUCACUUGCUGUACUCAUUUUCGGUUUCUUAUGUUUCUGGAUUUAUCACACUAAGUGUCCAACAAAAUCCAAAACCAAAAAGGUUCAAACUCCUGGUCCAGAUGCAGAGAGGGGGAUCACCCUUGCACCGUUUCUGAGCAGAUUCAGUUCCGUCAAAAUUGUUGGUAUGAAGGAGUCUGUGCCGAUAGUUGAUUAUAAGCAAAUAGAAAAAACGACCAAUAAUUUUGAGGAAAGUAACAUCUUGGGCGAGGGUGGUUUUGGAUGUGUUUACAAGGCUCGGUUGGAUCAUAAUCUGGAUGUUGCAGUAAAAAAACUACACUGCGAGACUCAACAUGCGGAAAGAGAAUUCGAGAAUGAGGUGAAAUUGUUAAGCAAAAUUCAGCAUCCGAAUAUAAUCUCCUUACUGGGUUGUAGCGCUGAUGGUGACACGAGGUUUAUUGUUUAUGAGUUGAUGCAAAAUGGAUCAUUGGAAGCUCAUUUACAUGGACCUACUCAUGGCUCGGCAUUGACAUGGCACAUGAGGAUGAAGAUUGCUCUUGACACAGCAAGAGGACUAGAAUAUCUGCAUGAGCACUGCUACCCUGCAGUGAUCCACAGAGACAUGAAAUCUUCCAAUAUUCUCUUAGAUGCAAACUUCAAUGCCAAGCUGUCUGAUUUUGGUCUUGCCAUAACUGAUGGGUCCCAAAGCAAGAAGAACAUUAAACUAUCGGGUACCUUAGGAUACGUAGCACCGGAGUAUCUUCUAGAUGGUAAAUUGAGUGAUAAAAGUGAUGUGUAUGCUUUUGGGGUUGUGCUAUUGGAGCUUCUAUUAGGAAGGAAGCCAGUGGAAAAACUGGCACCGACGCAAUGCCAGUCUAUUGUCACAUGGGCCAUGCCACAGCUCACAGACAGAGCCAAGCUUCCAAACAUUGUGGAUCCAGUGAUUAAGGACACAAUGGAUCAUAAACACUUGUACCAGGUUGCUGCUGUAGCUGUGCUAUGCGUGCAACCAGAGCCUAGCUAUCGCCCUCUCAUCACAGAUGUUCUUCACUCACUUAUCCCUCUUGUUCCCAUUGAGCUCGGAGGAACACUGAGAGUUUCGCAAGUGAGGCAGCAUGCCUCUCUUGCUGUGAAUUCCCGUCUUUGAUAGUACCUAUAACAGAGAGAAUGGAUGCUUCCAACACAUAUAGUUUUACCAAAUACAUCAAAUUACAGAUAGUCCACGACAAACUACAAGAACAUUAAUUUGGGAAGGG